AUCGCUGGAUUGGCUCGCAGCCCAAUUCAACCAGCUGAUCGUGUUUGGAAAUACUCUGAAACCCAGAAGAAAUAAAGAACCACCGUUUCUUGGGAACUGGCCGGCAUUUGUUUCUUCAAUCCAAACCUGCACACCUCUCUCUUCACCUGAUGUUCCACGGAUGAAGUAACUUUAUUGCCCGGGCCCCUGAUUCCACCACCAUGUGUUCGUUGAAUAUAAACACAACUCUCUUUGCCGCAAUUGUUUUGCUUUACUUGACAUUAGCGGUUCGUCUUGCUCAAGGAUUUAACUUAAGAUCACUCCACUUGACAUCUCAUGGAGACCGCUUGGAAGGAAUAUCGGAGUACGAAAUCGUCACACCUGUUCGUUUGGAUGGUCAUACUGGACUCCCAUUAGCCUCGGAUGUCAAAUCUCACCAUUUUCAAAAGCGAAGUGUCGCCCCAUCGAACUCGGAUGGACUUGAGGGCGAAGAUGAGCCCCAAGCGACCUUCUUACUCGGGGCUUUUCAUCAGCAGUUCCAGCUCAAUCUAUCCAGGGAUAAUUCUUUUCUAUCCCCUUCUUUCGUCAUGGAAUUCUUGGGAGAUGACAAUGAAGAUGAGACAGAGGAAUUGGGUACUGUGGCGCCGUUACACUGUUUCUACAGAGGUUCCGUGAAUGGUCAAGUGUCUUCAUCGGCGGUGUUCAGUCUCUGUGAUGGAAUGUAUGGACUUUUCCAAACGCCCGAAGGAACCCAAUAUUUUGUGGAGCCUCUGGAUGAUUUCCCAUCGUCAGAAGGAAGCACAAGACCUCACAUUGUAUAUCCAACCACAGCUCUUCAGGACUUCAACAAAAACUCUGGUUGUGGACUAACCGAUGAGGAUCUGGCUGACAAGAAACCGUCUUCAAAUGCAACCAACUACGUACCAGGGCCACAUUCUCACCAUCAGCACAAGCAUCACCAGGGUAAUGGCAGGCGACAUUCAAGGAAGAGGAACCAAAAUAACUUAGCAUCACAGCUCUACCAAAUGCACCAAAGAAUUAGCAAAAGUAUAAACAGACAACAAGAAAACAACAGUAGCAGCGACACAUCAAAAACAGACACCUCCCAUCACAGGAGUAAACGUUUCAUCUCUUUCACGCGCCAUGUGGAGUUGAUGGUUGUUGCUGACCACAAAAUGUUCAACCAUCAUGGCCCCAACUUGGAACAUUAUCUACUCACGCUUGUUGCCUUGGUAAAUAAAAUAUUUAAAGAUCCAAGUAUAGGAAACGAUAUCAACAUAGUCUUAGUUAAACUAUUGGUUCUUCACAGGGAGGAGGCGGAUUUAUCCAUCACCUCUGACGCCCCGCAAAGUCUUCGUAAUUUUUGUAUCUGGCAACAAGAUAGGAAUAACAAGAACGAUGAUCACCCCCACCACUAUGACACUGCUGUACUCAUCACAAAGGAACUUGACCUGACCCCUGGUGACCUCUAUGACCUUUCCCCUCCUCUCAUCCCGUGGGAGCACCCAGAUAUAAACAUAGAUUUGUGUAGCUCUAAGAUAUGA